AUGAAACAAUAUCAUGAAAUCAAAUCAAAUGAGCGCAUCAAAAAAGAGGCCAAAAUCCUUCAAUUCGUGGGGAAGCUUCACAAAAACAUUGUCCAAUUCUACCAUCACAUGGAAAUAAAGAAAAAAGUACUAAUUUUCAUGGAGAUCUGCAGUCAGGAGAGUCUUGAAAAAGUAAUUAUGCGUAAAACAGGUGAAUACUGGACUGAAGACUUCCUGCUAAAAAAAUUCGCAACGAUAACAAAUGUCUUGGCUUUGCUCCAUUGAAAAACAAUAGAUGUGGCGCACAGAGACUUAAAGCCACAAAACAUUUUUGUCUGUGAAAAUGAUGAGUGAAAGAUCGGCGAUUUCGGAGGCGCCAAAAGAAGAUAUGUGACGUGCAAUAAUCUCAACACAAUAGAAGGGACUGAAAACUAUAUGUCACCAUUAAUGCUGGAAAAGUGAAAAGAAGGACCCAAAAGCUCUGAAAUUGAUCCAAAGAAAGAGGACGUGUAUUCGUUAGGUAAAACAUUUUAUGAAGUUUUGACAAAAAAUAUAAACUCCACAUUCGAGGAAGGUGAGGCAGAAAAUCGGGAAAAAAUAAAAGCAGAGAUGCUCGGGAAAAAGUAUAGCGAAGAGCUCAUCAAAAUCAUUUUAGAGAUGGUUACUCAUGAUCCUAAAAUAAGGCCUACUAUGAAUGAAGUCCAUGAAAAAAUCAACCAGCUUAUAGCUCGAAGAUUAACAAUGGCUCCUGCUUAUUUAGAAAACCAAAUUGAGAUUCAAAUGGAAGAAAAGAAAGGGUUUGCCCGUGAAAGUGAGGAUAUUUUUAGCCUUGAGGCUAUAAGUGAAAUAAAAAUAGUUCCUAUCUCUUCACAAUGUCAAAGCCAAAUGCGAGUGGAAGAAGAAAAGGUGUCUGCUCGCGAAAAAGGCAGAUUAAAAUGGAGACACGUGUCUUGGCAUAACAGUCAAAAACCUAAGGCUACAGCGAAUUGGAACGGAUUCUAAGUAGAGAAACAAAAGAUAUGCAUCUGACUAGAUUUGGCUAUAUCAUGUGGUUCUAAAUGGAGGUGCCUAGUAGUGUCUUAAGGAAUCUUUGGCAUCCUCUACUGAUACGUUAAUGUUUCAGCCAGAGACUAGGAGAGCAGUCUUCUCCAUGUAGCUGCCAAAGAAAGGCACUCUAGCAUCCGAUAUAUUUCAAGAAGUUAAUCUCUGAAAUUAAGUCACUCAUCCACUCAAGAUUGAAGUCUCGAAGAGGCAAAUAUACCGGCUGCGGCUAGACCUACUGAAAAGUUCACCACAAAGUGAAUGAUCUUCCAGUGCAGGAGUAUUUUUGGUAGCUCAUCACCAAUACGAUUAGAGCAUGCCUUUGAUAAUCUAAUCAAGACUGCUCGUGAGGGCAAUAACGUUUUUAGCAUUGAAUCUUGACAUGAAAGUUCCAUAGAGGAAAGAAAAAGAAUUGAAGCUCUAAUGGAUAUUGAUAGCACAAUGCAAGGGUGGCUAAAAGAGUAUUUUGUUAGCAGAUCAAUUGAAUUUCCACUUACUAGUGAAACAGAAAGCUCUGAAGCAAUUGACCAGAGCAGCUUCUCAACAGAUAAUUUAGCUACUGAUAAUAGAAUAGCAGAAAGCCUUUUUUCUACCAGACCAGCAAAUCAAAUCACAGAGCCAAGCAGUCCUGAACUAACUAGCCUCAAAAAUUCUAGAUUAGUUUUGGUUUUAAUUAUUGAAUAAAAAUUAAUUAUUAAUUAAUUUUUAUAUUAAAUCUUUUUAAUGUUAAUUUCUAUAAAAGCUGGCAAAAUAUUGAGGCUAGAGUAAGUAAUAAUAUAAAAUGCCCUAAUUGCUGGCAGAUACAGCAUUUUGAAAUGUUUAAGGCUUUUGUCUCCACAUCCUUAGAUGAUAUCAAAGUGAAUCCGACAGAUAUUUAUUGCAUCAUCUGUGGAAACAAAUUUCCAGAAGAUUUUAUCAAUGAUUUUCUAGCGCAUAAACAAUAA